AUCCAUUCCAACAUCCAACAAACACUCCACUCUCAAAACUCAAAAGAGCUCAGCUCAAACUUCCAUUCCAAACAAAAACUAAGAACAGAUAAUAUAUAUGGCUAUCAGAAUGCUCACAGCUAUUAUGAAUGCCAAACAAUUUCGCACUCUUUACCCACUUAGAUCAAGAAACCACUCAGAUGUUCCAAAGGGUCAUUUUGCAAUCUAUGUUGGAGAGACUGAGAAGAAGAGAUAUGUGGUGCCCAUAACAUACCUGAACCACCCUUCAUUUCAGAGCUUGCUUAAGAGGGCAGAAGAAGAGUUUGGGUUUGACCAUCCCAUGGGAGGUCUCACAAUUCCCUGCAAGGAAGAUACUUUCAUCCAUCUCACAUCUCAGCUCAGCAACAAAAGCAACACUUCAUUACAUUGAAGGCUCAUCAGAUAUUCAGAUCUCAUCACAUUUUUUCACCUAUUUCUGAUUUAGUCAUCCUUGUAUGAUUUUUCCUCUUGGUAAAACAAGAGUUGUACAUUGCAGAUACCCAACAUAGAGAAGUAAUGAAAUCUUCAACUUUUAUGUAUGUAUGUAGUAUUUUGACCUAUCUCAUGAUCAUAUAUGGGAUAUAGUCUCAUAUAGAUGGGAUCUCUCAAGUAAGAGCAGGAUCUGCAUAUGUUUCUGAAAUUCUAUCUGAGUUGAAUUAGUUGAAUCUAUAGAAUAAGGGAAAACAUAUUUAUAAUCUAUCUUGUUUUGAUUA